GCGAACUCGCCGGCCACUGCCCUGACGGACCCGGCCUACCAGGGACUGCUCCCCGCUUGUGAAAUGGCGAUAGAGCAAAUCAACAAUCGCUCGGACAUCUUGCCAGGCUACAAUCUCAAGAUCCCAAACGUGCAGUUCAGGGGUGGCCGUGCCAUUGCCGUGUACCACUUCAUCCUCACCAUGUUCCAUGAGCCCACGAUGAUCAUGGUCCUGGGACCCGGCGGAACGGUGGUGGAUCUCAUCGCACAGACUGCACCAAUCUACAAUCUCAUCCAGAUCACGUACUCGACGUACUCGCCGACCCUGUCAGACAGGAAGACUUACCCAUUCCUGUUCAAAACCAUACAGACGGACAACGUCCACAACCCGGCCAGGGUCGCGCUGCUGCAGCACUUCGGCUGGGACAAGGUCGCCACCAUCCAGGACACUGACGAUCGAUAUACGACGAUUGCGUCGGAUCUGAACAAGCUGCUGGGAGAGGCGAAUAUCACCGUCCAAGCUUCGGGAGGAUUCGGCAAAGAUGUGACCACCCAACUCAGUCAGCUGGAGAACCUCAUGGCCGUGGACGCCAGAAUCGUGAUCGCCCUGAUGAAUCCACAGCAGUGCCGAAAGCUGCUAUGCUGGGUUUACAAUAACGGGAUGUAUGGAUCUCGCUACCUGUGGAUCUUCAACGGUGCUCUGAUGGGGAACUGGUGGAAGCCCAGAAAGUCUGACACGCUGGACUGCACGGCGGAGGAGAUAGACCAAGCCAUAGAAUACAGCAUCUUCACAGAACCGUCAUUUUUCGCGGAUGAAGGCGAACGAGGCAUAGCUGGAUAUUCGUCGCCAAACCACUAUUGGAAAGCUCACGUGGACUACGCCAGAUUGAAGUACAAUGCCACGGAGGCCGAAUCCACCGUCUACGUUCCGCUGGCGUUUGACGCAGUGUACGCCGCGGCGCUGGCCCUGAACGCGUCGGCGGCGGAGCUUCCCCCCGGCAUAGGGCUGGAGAACUGGACCUACGCGGACCACCGGAUGAACAGUGUGUUCUUCCGCAACAUGGAAAAGACAAACUUCUUCGGGGUUUCGGGGCCGGUCCGCUUUGACAAAACUGGUGACCGCCUGGGUCGUAUCAUCAUCAAACAGAUACAAGAUGGCAAAGCUGUGGAAGUUGGAAAAUUCCACGCGUACGAGAGGAAGAUAAAAUGGAGCCAAGCAACACCUCUAAGGUGGAAAGGUGGGCAACCACCAGUAGACGAGGUCCGGAAAAUCACGCGGGAGAUCCGCAUCUCUGACGGCCUGUUCUACACCAUGGUCAGCCUGGCAGGCCUCGGGGUCAUAUUCUGUUUCUUAUUCCUGGCCUUCAAUUUCAAGUUCAGGGAAAAAAGAGUAAUCAAGAUGUCCUCGCCUCGACUGAACAAUGCCCUCAUCCUGGGCUGUAUAUUUGCCUAUCUCGCCAUCAUCCUGUUUGGACUCACAGAGAACGUGGCCGAGUCCAACCAGGCGUUCUACAUGUGCAAGGCUCGGGUGUGGAUCAUGGUCGUGGGGUUUACUCUGGCGUUUGGCAGCAUGUUCAGCAAAACAUGGCGAGUCUACGCUCUCUUCCGACACACCAAAGUGGAGAAAAAGGUGAUCAAGGAUUUCCACCUGUUCGCGAUGGUUGGGAGUUUCCUGCUGAUGGACGUGCUGUUCCUGAUGCUGUGGGAGGUUCUGGACCCCAUCACCGUACGGCGAGAGAGCUUCCCACCAGAGGAGGAUCCGAACCGUAAUGACGUUCUGUACCUCCCGGAGCUGAGGCGAUGUACCUCCAACUACCUGAUGUACUGGCUCGGAAUCAUCUACGCAUCAAAAGGAAUCCUGAUUCUGUUCGGCAUCUUCCUGGCCUGGGAGACGCGGAAGGUCCAGAUCCCCGAGCUGAACGACUCCAAGCAGAUCGGCCUGUGUGUGUACAACGUGAUGAUCAUGUCAGCCGUGGGCGUUCCCAUCAUCAACCUGCUGGACUCGCAGCAGCUCGACAUCAGCUUCGCCGUGCUGUCUGUCUGCAUCAUCGUCUGCACCUCCACCACUCUGGCGCUGGUCUUUGUUCCCAAGAUUUGGCAGGGCCUGAGACACGGUUUCGAGAUCCAGAGAUCGGGCAAGUUUCUGACGAGAAAGGGGAGCUCCGGCACCGUCACCAACGGCUGUGAUGAUCACAUCAACUGCAAGAAGGAGAUCAUCCAGCUCAAAAACCAGAUCAACGUCCUCAACAAAGAAAUUACGGACAUCAGGAAAAGGAAGGUGAACAAGUACGAUAGCCAGGCCAUCGUGGUGUGCGCAGACAGACUGUCCGUGAACGGGAGUUCCACCUCACACGACACCAAGUCUACAGCCGGGAGCAUCAGAUCUCUCCACCUGAGGGACAUGGAUGCACAGAACAACGGCAUAGAAAUGCAGGUCAUCAAAGAAACGUCGGCAUAAUCCUGCGGACUGACAAAGACUUGGUCGUACCAACUACGGUAUGUUACUUAAAAAAAGAUCUAAAUAGUUAUCAUUUAGAUCAAGGAAGUUAAAUCUAGAUGACCUUAUCGAGUAACAGACGUAAAGCGAGUAAGGUUGGACACGGGCAGAAGUAUGUACUAGUGAAAUCGUGAAAUCGGUAAAUCGUUAAUUUGUCUAUUGACCUUCAGUCUCUAAGAAGUGAAUCUGAUCAACUUUCAGUUUGGGACAGUGCAAAGCACAUAAGGUGAAUAUGUAUUCUACUGUAAAAUACAGAAAACAUACUUGUAUACACUAUUGUGAAGGGCUUUGAGAAUACUCUGUCGAAGUUGCACAGAUAACAUGCCAAAUUGUCUGAAGCCAAAAGAAUUUCCUAUCAUAAUAUUUUGUAGCCUACAAAAUAUUUAAAACUUUGUUAGACUGACAUUCUAUAAAAUUCUUUUUCUGUUCCUCUCAGUUGCCAGACCACCCCUCCCCCCCAUCAUUGUUCCCUUACUACCCAACUCCCCUGCAGUAUGGGGGUCAACCGCAUGGUUUGAUACGAACGGAGCUGUUGUUAUAUGGCUUAUGGAAUGUUUCUUCAUCAAAGUAGACUUUCUCGCGACAUCUCUGCAUAGACCUCUACAUAUCUAGCUGUCUUUCUAUAGGAAAUUGUAUUUUCUGCAAGGACAGGAUCAGAAACAAAGGCCAGUAGUGCUUACUGGAGGAAUCAAGUCGGGAACUGUUUUGAGUACAUCAUGUAAAUAGAGAUGUAUCAUUGAUCAUGAUUUAAAAAUCGUACAACACGUAAACAUUCCAGAUGAUAUACCGAGAGAAGGACAUGCUAUCUAACCUUUCAUACAGCCUGACAGAACUUGCGUUAUUCCACGCAUGUACGUAGGGCCGUUCUGGUUUUACAUAAAAAUGUGAAAGAAAAAUCCACUCAUGUGAUAAAUGUCAAGUAUGCACAGCUUGCGUGGAAGUAUUGUAUGAUAUAUCUGUCCUUCCAUGUGAAUAUUGUCGCGCUUUGAAGCUCUACUAAAUAUGGCCUUUCUGUACAAAGACUGGAACAGUGUUGUGAAUUUGAUGUUAAUGUUGUUAGAUUGGCAUUUUGACUUCAAUCUUGGCGAUAGUGGUAUUUGGCCUGAUAACUUAUUCAAAACGUGUAGAAAAUAGUCACAGAGGAUUGAUAUAUGUUAUCAUGUAUACUCUACUUCUUACAAAAAACUUGGAAUUGAUCACAGUAGUUUCAAGAUAGACCAAUGACGUUUUAUGUCGUUUAUACAUUGAUGAUUAUUUAAACUGUGACGCAGACACAGUGAUAGUAGUCUUUAUGUCUGUAUAGUGAACGUGUAUAUCAAUGACGUGCCUUCUGGUAUUCUGUACAUGUACACCUAAAUAUCUGUGUAGAUCGUAAGUUAUCACCAGAACUAUACGAAGCUAUGAAAUCCGAGCAGUUUAAAUGGCGUCCUUUCAGAGACAACAGCCGGGUGUACAUAUGAACAUGUGAGAAUCCUGUACAGUGUUAGUCAGUAACGUAUGAGUGUCCCAAUGAAGUAAUGCUUGACAAUCUUUAAAAGAAUAUUGAGUUUCAAGUGUUUGUGAGUUGCAACAAUACAAGUCGUGGAUCGUUACAUACAGUAGGCUUUACAUUUGCCUAUGAGGUGUCACCAAAAAGUAUUAAAGGAAUUUACGUUUUGUUGUCUGUGUAGACUGGCAAAAGUUGAUAUGAAGAAAGGUGACAAUGAAAAAAGGAGAAUAUGGGACAAUAUGACAGACGAAUGUUAAAAGUAAUAAGCUGGUUUUAUACACAAAGCGUAUGGAUACAACAUAACCUUCUUGGUAAAGAUAAUUGUGGAAUGUGUGGAGAUUAGCCUCCUCAAAGAUGUUAUUUGAGAGUUGUAAAGCCACAUGAGCCCAUGUUUUGUAGAUUACUAUUUUAUCGUUGUACCAUGAUGUCAGAAGAAUAAACGUCUUUGUUUUGUACAGUUGCUGUACUUCUUUGUUA